AUGGCUGCCUCCGAUACCCUUUCGUUCGUCCUCCUUUCCGCUUUCCUCAUCUGCGCCUUCGUCCCUUACGCGUCGACAACUUCUGUCAACAUCACCCGCCCGGCCUAUGUCGCCUUCCGCGACGUCAACACCUGCAUGCAGGCAGCCAUCGCCAUCGUGAAGAACACUGACUGCAACCCGCAAGUCUCUUGCUCCUCGGACCGGACCAUCUACCUGACUUCGUGCUCGACCACAAACUACGAGCUCCUCGGCUUCAACGCCACCUACUACCUCGACUAUCAGUACAACACCAACUACGUCGCCCAGGGGCUUUCCAUCUACUACUCUUCCACGCAGCUCUUGUGGACCUUCGCGACUUCCGACGACCUGCUCAACUUCUACUCUGCAGCGAUCUACAACAGCACGUGGGUCCCUCUCCCUUGUGAUGACCACCCCCAUCAACGGCAAUUCCUGCACGUUCACCACCUCGACGCUCCUCCCCUUCGACAACUUCAAGUCCGGAACCGGCAUCGUCUCCAACUCAGCCUCCGGAGCUGA